AUGUGUGAAAGAGAGAGAAGCUGCAGUAUCAAUGAAGAUAUUGGCCUAGCAACAGCUUUCACCAUUGCACACGAGGUGGGACACACGUUUGGCAUGAAUCAUGAUGGCAUUGGUAAUGGCUGUGGAUCUCGAGGUCAAGAGACAGCCAAGCUUAUGGCAGCUCACAUUACUAUGAAGACCAAUCCAUUGUGUGUGGUCAGCUUGUAGCAGGGACUACAUCACAAGCUUCCUGGAUUCAGGUCUGGGCCUCUGCCUGAAUAAUGCGCCCCCACGUCAGGAUUUUAUUUAUCCAACACAAGCUCCAGGACAGGCCUAUGAUGCAGAUGAUCAGUGCCGCUUCCAGCAU